AUGCGGGGCGCCAUACCACAACCCGACUACUACGCCAUCCUCGGCGUCCAGCCAGACGCGGCUGACGCCGAGAUCACACGUGCAUGGCGCCGCCUUGUCCUUGCCGCUCACCCCGACAAGCGGGACAGCCCCGCCAGCCGCGAGGGAACCCCGGGUGGUAGCACAUCUACUACACUGAAUGGGGACAGCGUACCCGACAUCGUUCUCGUGAACGAGGCGCGUGCCGUGCUUUCCGACCCCACCAGACGAGCUGCCUUUGACGCUGAACGCGCUCGCCCGUAUAGCGCCCAGCCCCCUGCACCGUCCGGCCCACGAAUUCGCGAGUACGUCUCGCUCGAGACCUUUACACCCCAUGUCGAGGACGAGAGCAACCCGGACGCCGAACCACACCAGUACACCCUUGAGUGCCGGUGUGGACAGGAAUAUGUGAUCACGCUGGAGGAGCUCGAAGCUGGCGUCGACGUUAUUGGCUGUCCAGGAUGUGGCGAGUACAUUGGCGUCGAGUACGAGGAGGUCGAUGAGUAG